GGUGGCAUUGUGAAAUAAGUACGCAGUGACUGAAAGCUUAAUUCAAUAUUAUUCUUUGUAUCAAGUGCCAAAGGAAAAUCAACCGAUCUAAUAAAUGACAAUGAUACUAUUUCCGUUCAAAUAAUUUUGGAUCGACAAUGCAUAGAGGUUUGGUUUUCAUGUGACGCUGAAUGUACACAUGGUAGGGUGUUGCUUUAUUGCUACAACUAACGUUACUCCCCAUUCAAGACUGCCUGGGUGAGCGGCGCGGCUAGCACAUCCACAGGAAUAUAGCCUUCUAACUUUUGUUAAAUUUAAAUGUACGAAAAAUAAACCAAUUGAGAAGAACUUCUUAGUUAUAUCUGGUUACACGGGAAAUUAUCAUCGAAGAAUGCUGGGCUAUAUCUGGCAGUAUGUCUACUCAUCCUUCCUCAGAUACUGGUUGAAGUGGGUUGUGAGGCAGGUGUCUGGGAAGUGUGAGCUGCAGAGAAUAUGUGCUGGUUUCCAGCCAGGAGCAACCAGGACCUCCAAAACAGAAUAUUCUCUUCAGUUUUCAAAGAAUAAGGUUUUGAGAGGAUCUUUGCAGACCAGCAGAGAUAGUCUGGAGCAGUGUGUGGAUCACAUUGUUCAGGCCAAGAAUGUCAAACCUCAGAAGGAUCCCUUGUUCCGGAAGAGUCUUCACACCUGUCUCCUCCAGAUCACCGGCUACGCCGGCUUGUACACCUGUGUGGAGGAUCUCAGGAAGGAGACCUUCAGCUCAGACAACAUGGAGCACGAGGACAUGCUGUUGAAGCUAUGGAAGCUGUUGAUGCCAACAGUGAAACUGGAGUCCAGGGUAACUAAGCAGUGGGGUGACAUUGGUUUCCAAGGCGACGACCCCAAGACGGACUUCCGAGGAAUGGGAAUGCUGGGCCUCACCAACCUUGUGUUUUUCAGUGAACACUACACAGAGGAAGCCCGCCAGGUGCUCUCUCAUGCCAAUCAUCCCCAACUGGGGUACUCCUACGCCAUCGUGGGCAUUAACCUGACGGAGAUGGCCUACAGUCUCCUAAAGAGCGGGGAUCUUAAACCCCACUUUUACAACACAGUCACUGGGAACCCUGAACUGCUCCACUUCCACCAUCUGUACUGUUAUCUGGCCUACGAGUUUGACAAGUUCUGGGUGGCGUCCAAACCUCAGAGCAUCAUGGAGUUCAACCACUACAGGGAGAAGUUCCACAGCCAGGUGAAGAUCUCGCUCCAGGAGCCAGGGGUGGCCCUCACGCUGACGGUGUCCUCCGAACACUAACCUUCCUGCCGCCGGCCCAGGAGUAAUGUAGCACCACGCAAUUCCACACGACCAUGAAGGUGCUGCUCGCAUUAUGCUGCCUGAACCCACCAAAAACACCUACGAGUUUACCUGGAGUUUGAAAGGGGACCUCUUCUUCCAGUUGCAAUGGACCAUUAGUUGGACCACCUAAUAUUAUUGAGAAAUAUGAAGUGUGUUUGGAUUUGAGUUGUGGAAUAUUACAAAUAUCCUCUGUGAUUUAGUUUUUAGAUGGUUGUUAUGGUGAAGCCUGAAUUGUCCUGCCACAAUUGAUUGAAGAAGAUAAAAUAAUGAUUUGAUUAAUUAUAAAUAAUGACAUACAUACACCUGUAAUAUGGUUGUAGUUACAGAUAUUGCUUUACUAUAAAAAAGGAAAGGAAUUGGUGAUUUGGCUAGAGCACAGUUGAACCCCUUUACCCCAUAAACGAUCAUUCCAACUAGUUGACUCUUCUGACUAAAGGGUCAACUAUUCUGCAUUGAUUAGGUCUUAGGGCUUCAGCAGCUUUGUAUUGUGUUCCAGUGGUAAUAUUUUGUGCACCUUUCCAGCGGUCCGUGAACCAAAUGAUGUCGACAUUGACGAUAGCUAUAAAGUGUAAAGUUGCUAGCUAGCUAAAAUUUAUAAUUAUGUAUUAUUUAACUUGAAUUUCAAGCUUUUCUCUCACGUAUUUAUAUAAAUUAUCCCCGACCGGUUGUCAUGACUGUCCUGCUCAGGAAUUAGAUAUUUUUGUGCAGUGUUCACAGAUUGUGUGUGACGGGCAAGGCAACAUCAUUUAUACCUAGGAUGCCUCAUUGUGUGGUUCCAUCUUCUUUAACCGUGUGCAUGUUUUAAUGCGUUUCAAUUGUUAUUGAUAUACUCUAGACUAGAGACGACUAGAACACAACGGGGAGGUUGUUUUGCUACCUGUUUAAGGGCCCCUGGUAUAAUGUUGAUUAUGCCAUUGCAAGCAAUUGAAAAACAAAGUCAUCCCCCCAGUGAGUGACCAAUAGCUACAGUGAGUCCACUGCUCUGUACGUCAGGGUGGACCCGUUCACGUCUGCAGUCACAAGAGGGUCGAUUUUGAAGUGGAUUAGAAUGGCGAAUUAACAUCUGGGGCGGGGAGGGGGGGGGCACUCCAAUGUAUUCCUGUAACUCCAGACUGUCACUGUUUUCAACGUGAUGUGUCCGGAGGUGUACUAUUUGUAACGACUGACUGACUUGGCUUGCUGAGAGCUAAUAAACACACAUUUUGAUGCCUUUA